AUGCCAGGUUUCUUAUUCUUCCUCUUUUGUUUCUUGGCAUCACUAGUCACAAUAUCAUUCUCCUCAGACAUCUUAACCUCAACACAAACUCUUCUAACCAACCAAACCCUCGUAUCACCAAGCCAGGUCUUCGCUCUGGGCUUCUUUUCCAAGACCAAUUCGUCUUGGUACUUAGGCAUAUGGUACCACAACAUCAGCGACGGAACUGUAGUAUGGGUGGCCAACAGAGACAACCCUCUCCACAACUCCACAGGAUUUCUAACCAUCGGAGAAAACAAAAACAUGGUUCUAACAACUCCAUCAGGGGACCCCGUUUGGUCCUCCAAUAUCACCAAAGCCAACAACCCCGUUCUUCAGCUUUUGGACACAGGAAACCUAGUUCUCAGAGAAGCAGACGUAACUGAUCCCACAAACUAUCUCUGGCAAAGCUUCGAUUAUCCAACGGACACACUCUUACCUGGGAUGAAAAUGGGGUGGAACCUAGAUACUGGAGUGGAAAAACACUUAACCUCGUGGAUAAACACAGGGCAAGACCCUUCAAGUGGAGAUUACUCUUUCAAGAUAGAUCCUCGUGGGAUACCAGAAAUUUUCUUGAGGUACCAAGAUAAAAAGGAAAUGUAUAGAAGUGGGCCUUGGAACGGUGAGAGAUUCAGUGGAGUACCAGAGAUGCAACCUGACACUGAUUCUAUCAUGUUUAAUUUUUCAUAUGAUAACCAUGGUGUGCACUAUUCCUUCUCCAUUGGCAACCGUUCUAUUUUAUCGAGGCUAGUUGUCACUUCGAGUGGUCAACUUCAGCGUCGUACAUGGGUGCCAAGCAGCAACACAUGGACCACGUUUUGGUAUGCACCUAAGGAUCAGUGUGAUGGUUACAGAGCGUGUGGUUCUUAUGGUUUAUGUGACUCUAACGCCUCGCCGGUUUGCACCUGUAUGAGAGGGUUCAGGCCAAGAAACCAGCAAGCGUGGAAUUUGAGAGAUGGGUCUGAUGGGUGUGUGAGAAACACGGACUUGGAUUGUGGGACUGACAAGUUUUUGCAUGUGGAGGACGUGAAAUUGCCGGAGACAAGUACUGUGUUUGCUAACAGGAGCAUGAACCUACAAGAGUGUGAAGCUUUGUGUCGCAUGAAUUGUUCUUGCACUGCUUAUUCCAACAUUGAGAUCACAAACGGAGGAACCGGCUGCAUGACGUGGAGUGGUGAACUCAUAGACAUGAGACUGUAUCCAAAGGGUGGACAAGAUCUCUUUGUCAGAUUAGCAGCUUCUGAUGCAGAUGACACAAGAUCUGCAGAUGGCUCUCACAAGACAAACCAUACUGGCGAGAUUGUAGGAAUUACAAUUUCUGCAGCUGUAGUAAUUUUGGGAUUGGUUGUGAUUUUCUUCAAGAGGAUGAAAGUGUUAAGUAUAUCGAAUGUGAAGACUGCCCCUAGAGUUUCUUUCCAAAGAAGUAGAGAAUUGCUUACAAGUGACGGGUUAUUUUCAACUAAUAGAGAGAACUCGGGAGAAAGGAACAUGGAUGACAUUGAGUUGCCAAUGUUUGAUUUUAAUACCUUAACAAUGGCCACAGACAACUUCUCUGAAGCGAAUAAACUUGGACAAGGAGGGUUUGGUAUUGUUUACAGGGGAAGGUUGAUGGAAGGGCAUGAUAUUGCUGUCAAGAGGUUAUCAAAAAACUCCGUGCAAGGAGUUGAAGAAUUUAAGAAUGAGGUCAAGUUAAUUGUCAGGCUUCAACAUAGAAAUCUUGUUCGGCUCUUUGGAUGCUGCAUUGAGAUGGAUGAGAAGUUGCUAGUGUAUGAGUACAUGGAAAAUAGAAGCCUUUAUUCCAUUUUGUUUG